AUGACCAGUACGAAUUUGAAGAAAGCUUUAGCUGCCCAAAACAUUCUCAUCGAUCAAGAGAGAGACAAGACAGAUAAUCCGACCACCGAAACGUGCGAAGGUACGGAGUCGGGCAAGAGCCAUCAGAGUCCAAUGGCAGGUUUCCCUUCCUCCAUGGGCAGAGGCCCUGGCGAGGACGAUCGACUGGAGCCAUUAUACCGGAGAAGGUGGAGUAAGAACUCCAAAAAGCCAAAGUACUCGCCAAAACUCAAAAGGAAAGCGGGUCGCAGGGUCAACGCAGACGGUCGGCCAUUGGAGAGGGAGGUCGACAAUUAUUAUCAACGGACUGAUAACAGCAAUGGGCCCUCGGUUGAAGCAGCCCAGCAGACCGUAUCGCCGUGGGUCAUCACCCCCAAGCCCAAGAGAAUUAGAAAGCCUGUCAGUAACAGAAAGGACGGCAGCAAGCAGGCCCAGCAACCCCAACCAACAGCGCCCCUUGGUCCAAAGCAUCAUAACACGGGUGCAAAGCCCCGAGAGCCCGAGGCCACACGAGGCUUCAAGCGGCGUCGAGUGGAAGAUCCCGCACAGGAAAGACAUUCAGAGUCGGUUCCCGUUAGCCAACCACACAGAUCAGCAUCUAGCAGCUUAUCUGUCACACAAGACGCCCAGUCCCAGACUGCACAAAAGAAAGUAGUCAGAUUCGCUACCGUCAAUGGCCCGACCAAGGGGGUCGGACAUAACUCCCAGGGUGAAAGCAGCAAGAUUCCCCAGCCAGUCCCUCGGAACAGCCCAGAGGCCAACCGAGCAAAAAAGAAUGGCAAACUCCCCGCGGCGGUGGUUGCAGCUGCGCCUGUGAACGAUGAUGCAACAAUGAACGAUCAUUCUCAUGCGCAGCCUGAGAAGCUGGCACCUGCGAACAAUGCCCAAGAUGACGUUGCACCAAAGGAGAAUGGAGUAACUCACGAACAAAUGCCACAAGAGCCCGCUCAGUCCUCGCAGGAAACAGUUGGGCAGGCUCUGGGUGGGCUAUCUCUUGAAGGUGAUCUCGAAGUUGGUGGAUCUGACCUGCCCGAUAUUGAUUCUGCGGAACUGGAUGGAUUGAACCCAGAAGAGAUAGGAAAUGGAUCGGAGGAGCCGUACGACACGGAGGAUGAGAGCGAGUAUGAAAGCGACAGUGACGUCGAGAGCGUUGAUGAUCUGGAUCCUGAGCAGGCUGGGGAAGAGGGAGAUGAGAAUGGCCAGAAUCCAUUUUACCAUUCCACCUCUGAUCCAGAUGCUUGA